AUGGGUGCACGAAGACGAUUCCAAAAACGACUGGGUGGAACACCUGGCAAACUUCUCACACCCAGCAAGCUGAAAACGCUUCCAGAACGUUUAGAUGUUUGCGCCUGGAAGACGACUCAGAGGCGGCUAGCUGAACGCCUUGGAGCCGAAGCGCUGUUGCCUCCAAACCAAUCUGGAAACGUCCUCUGA